UACCAUAAGCUUCAAAACCACAAAGUGAAAUAUCAUAAAGUUGCUAAUUAAUAAAUUACUAAAAAAAAUGGCAAAUUUGAGUAAAUGUUCAGAGAAAACGAAGUUAUUAAUGGGACUACUUGCCCUUCAACUAUGUUUUGCAGGAUAUCACAUUGUCUCUAGAGUUGCACUCAAUAUUGGUGUUAGUAAAGUUGUAUAUCCCGUUUAUAGAAAUAUCAUUGCUUUGCUCGUAUUAGGUCCUAUCGCGUUUUUUCUAGAAAGGAAAGAAAGACCACCUCUUAGUUUCUCCUUGUUGGUUGAGUUUUUCUUUCUAGCACUUCUGGGUGUCACUGCCAAUCAAGGAUUCUACAUUUUGGGUUUGUAUUAUGCAUCUCCAACUUUCGCCUCAGCGAUGCAAAAUUCGGUCCCUGCCAUUACGUUUGUCUUGGCUACUAUCCUAAGACUAGAAGAAGUGAACAUAUUAAAUAGACAUGGGAUAGCAAAAGUAGUGGGAACAAUUGCAAGUGUUGGAGGUGCAACCAUCAUUACUUUAUACAAAGGCUUUCCAUUGUUGCACCUUACAGUUACAGAGCAGCCUCAGUCUCAAUCUCAGGGGAUUAAUUUCGCGGCAGAAAAUGAGACGCAGAAUUUUACAUGGGGUUGCAUAUUCCUUCUUGGACAUUGCUUCUCCUGGGCUGGUUGGAUGGUUUAUCAGGCAUCAGUGCUGAAGAAGUACCCAGCAAAACUGUCCCUUACAUCAUACACAUGCUUCUUCGGAUUAGUACAGUUUCUCGCUAUUGCAGCCUUCACAGAGACUGAUAUUGAGCACUGGAAAAUUGCAUCAGGAGAAGAGGUUUUAACCAUUUUGUACGCGGGAAUCGUUGCAUCUGGACUGGUGAUAUCCCUACAAACAUGGUGUAUUCAUAAAGGAGGGCCUGUAUGUGUCGCGGUAUUCCAACCUGUACAAACCAUCCUAGUUGCUAUUAUGGCUGCUCUGUUUCUUGGUGAUCAGCUCUAUUCUGGAGGGAUAUUAGGAGCAGUAGUGAUAACAGUAGGUUUAUACAUGGUAAUAUGGGGAAAAUCAAACGAGUACAACAACAUGGUAAACCAAGAAACAGAAGAUGAAUUGAGAAAGCAUCUAAUAAUGAACAAAGGAGAAGAAGAUUCUUCUUCUUGUAUUACAUCUGACAUCCCUUGAAAUCAGCAUACACUUAAGUCUCAAGUUCAAUUCAGCCAGCGUGACAGCAAUUUCAAAUGUAAAUCAUGUUUUCUUGUCCAUACCUUAUGCUGGAUAGUGGAUUGCCUUUAAUUUUAAGUUUUUUUUUUUUUAAUAGAGAGCUUAAUUAACACCCCCAUUGUAUAUUCUUGUAUUAAUUUAGUACUCAUAUUAGAAGUUUGAUUGCGGCGAUUAAUUGAACUAAUACGUUCAACGCCAAUCAUUGUAGUUAAUAAACUUUACUUAGCUCCCACUAAAUACGAACUUUAUUGUACGACAAGAUAACUUUUAUGCAGU